UAACUCAUUCCGGGGCACGUACCACUGCUCCCGUCGUUCUGAGUGGCUGUCGAACUCUGGUUAUGCUUUUAAAGCAACUCCGAAAUGUUGCAAUAAUGUAGAGACACAAAAGUCUACAAGCACCCGUUGACGUGCGUGCCCGUCCUUUUCUGUAGUGGACACACCCGUGGAUUUAGCGUGAGACAAGAGUGGAAGUUGUCAUCUGUUGUGUGGUAAAUUGAGGAAGAUGUGGCAAAGCGUUGGACUGACUGUGCUGGUCAUUAUUGCCACACUUAUAUGCGCCUUACUCUUCAUGGUGUUCGGGUGGUAUGUGGUUUGGCAGCUGUUCUUGUCCAAGUUCAAGUUCCUACGCGAACUAAUCGGUGAUACGGGCUCCCCGCAGACUGAGACGGAACCUUCGGAGUCUGAGAGUGAGCGAAGCUCCCCACCUACACCCCGUCACAAACACAAACCCCGCCAGAGAGUCCUUCCUCAGGAUGCCUCCUCGUAGACCACCUGCUCAUCACCAGCCAAUGCUUCCCUCCGCCCAACUGAUAGCCCACCCACACUGCUGGACGCAAGCCAUCUUCUAACUGUUAAACCUUACCCUCUGUGCAUAUGUGAUCCUCCCCCUUAGACCCCGAUCGUCUCGUACCCGAGUCCCACAGCGUGCCAUCGAGGCCCCGUCGGUCUUUGUUGUCUCCUGGUCCUUCACUGAGUUCAGCAGAGUUCUUGAAUGUCAAAAGUAAAGGCCAUCCAGUCUUGGUAUGUGUGGGGGGGCCACGACACACUGUGUUUUUGUUUUACAUUUAUUUGUGCAGGUGUUUGUCUCCCCCCCCCCCCCCCCCACCUCGUGAAAGGGGAACAGCCCUCUGGAAGUUUCUAUUAUAUGUGAAUAACAGGUGGUUAAUUAGUUACUUAAUGUUUUUUAUUCCUCUAGCCAGACAAGUUACUGUCCAGCUCGCCACCCGAACACUGGCUCGGGGAUAUAAAACAAAGGAUAACUUAAAUACACAAAAGGAAGAGAGAGAGAGAGAGAGAGAAAAAAAAAACUGAAAAACUGUUUUAAAACUGACAACCGAAGGUCCUCAGCUUGUCACUGUCAACUCUACUGUUGUCGUUCUUUUUUUGUCUCAGAAUUAAUAACUCGAUACAAGUUUCUUAAGUGCAAUGAUAUGGAUGUCUUCUGUUGUCAAUGGUCAUGAAGCGCAUGCAUCACUACGGUUCCGUGCCCGUGUGUGUGUGUGUGUGUGUGUGUGUGUGUGUGUGUGUGGGGGGGCGCGAGCGGGACAGUGACACCGUUGACUUAAAACUACAAUAAUGUCCCAGUGCUCGUGAGGAACCGUACUCCAUCACCGUGCUGUGUUGCUGGCUUCACCGAUACUGCGCUACAGUUGCCAUGGUAGCACCUGAGCCCCCCCCCCCCCCCCCCCCCCGUGCCUCUAAACCACGGGGCUUUCAGUAUGCACUACCUAAGUGUGUUGCCCAUCCUCACAGUAAUAGAGUGCUAUGUAAAACUGUCAGUCGGACGACGUGAUGACGAUACCAUUUCAAGUUUUGUUUCUUCUUCUUCUCUUUUUUUUUGGCAAAACCAAUGUGUCCCUAAAUAAUAAAUUUGUUUGAUAAAAA